UUCCAAAGGUCACGCUGCGGUCACACCAGAUACAGCAAAUUCUGUUUCCACUGUUUUUUCUGCAGCACUUUUGGCAUUUAAUUGGAUAAAAACAAGCCGCAAAGCUAGAAGAUCGCAAAAUAAACGAAAAACCAAAGUGGCGAAACAAAAUGACAAUUGCCGAGCACGAUAACGUCUUCAUCUUUGUGCCAAAUCUGAUCGGCUACGCCCGCAUCGUUCUGGCCCUGAUCGCCUUCUGGUUCAUGUCCACCAACUAUGUGAUCUCCGGCUGGUGUUAUGUAACCUCCGCCCUCCUGGACGCCGUCGAUGGACAAGCAGCCCGAGCCUUUAACCAAACGCAUUGCAAACACCUGUCUCCUCCGUACUGGUUAUCUGCCGAUAUUGUGGAAUUGUAGGCACGCCCUAAAGAGCCCGAUAUGGUCACGGCUAUCCAGCCAAUCGAUGGAUGACGUGGGGCUGAAGAAUAGAUAGAAAGCAUGGCUAAUAUUGCCUUGGAACUAUGCAAUGUAGUUAGCAAUAUAGGAGGAAAAACAUUAGGAUAGAAGCCUUCUAAGAAACAAAUUGCAGAUACCAUGCAAUGUUUAUGAUAUAGUAGUGUAGCAAACUGAAAGGCACUCGCUUUGGCGCCAUGCUAGACCAGUUGACCGAUCGCUGCGGCACCACCGGCCUACUGGUCACCCUGGCCUACUUCUAUCCCCGGUACAUGUUCUGGUUCCAGCUGUCCAUCGCCAUCGACGUGGCCUGUCACUGGCUCUUCAUGCAGACGAGCGUUGUGGUCGGACGCAGCUCGCACAAGGUGAAUGACAACUUCAUAAUGCGAUUGUAUUACCAGAAGGACAUACUCACAUUCAUGUGCUGCGUCAAUGAGCUGUUUUACGUGUGCUUGUACCUCUUGCAUUUCACCUACGGCCCGCUGAUAUUCGGCGCAUCGCUCUUCAAGAUACUCGCCUUCCUCACGGGUCCCUUUGCCGUGCUCAAGGCCCUGAUCUCGGUGAUGCACGCCUACGUGGCGGGCAUCGAUCUGGCGGCCGUGGAUGUACGCGAGCGGCAGGAGCGGCGCCAGAAGUCGGAGCCGGUGAGCGGCAAGAAAGUGGAGUGAAAAUGGGAUGCGAUCCGGGAUCAAUCUUCCAGCGACAGUUCUAUCAACAGAAAGUACUAAAUGAAACAACUCUUGAUUCCAAGCUAAAAAAACAGAAUUUUGAAGACGAAUUGCGAUCAGAUGAAAUAUGGGCAUUAGGCAACCAAAUAGGCCGUAGUAGGAAUUUAAUUUAUUUUUAAUGCGCUAUUGCAAUGAUUGUUGAUUUUAUUUGAUAUAUUUUAGUUAGACGGGUGGUGAAAUCACCCGACAAUUUGUAUUUAAUAGAUUUUUGAAUUGAAAUUUAAGCGAUUCGUUCCAGUCAGUAGCUGUUGCAUAUUUAUUUUGCCUUUAGUUAGCGUAGUUUACACGCUAUAUAUGUAUAUAUAUGCCAAUGCGUAAAUGCAGGCCGAUAUACUAUGAAUGAGUGUCUAUUUCCAGGAUUUAUCUCACUGUGCACGUUUUGGGUUUGACUAACCACCUUGUCCCAGCAACUCUCUCAAUGUAACUAAUGUAUUUCUAAUCGUAAGUUAAAGAAUGUAAUUGGAGACCUGCAUGAAAUAUAUACGACAAAUGG